CAAAAAUAGCCCACAGUGGUUAGAGCUGGGAGGGUGAGUCAGGCAGGAGCGCAGCAGCGCCUAACCCCUUCGCUGCCACUGGGGCUCCCUAAGGUGGUUUGCCUCCGUAUCUGCAACCCAGGAUCAGGCUCUUUCCCUGGCUGUCCUUGGGCCGGGCUCAUCUCGGGAUACCGAGGCCCUCCUCCUUCCACGUGAAGCAAGUCUGAGAGUCUGGAGCAGGAAUAUGGGCCACGUGGAGUGCAGACCCGGGAUCCUAGGAAGGGCAGGAGACCUCUGCUGGCAAGGAUGCCUGUAAGCUAAGGGGAAGCAUUGGGGCAGGCUGAAGAUCUCUGGAGUUACCCGAGCCGCUGCUAAAGCCAAACUCUGAGGCCAGAGCUGACCCCUCCCAAGGGGCAGGCGUAGGGCUCGGAGGUGGGCGGAAGCCAAGCCACCCAGAAGGGAGCUGCUCCUGCCGGCUCCGAUUGCCCUGCACUGUGCUCUCUCUGAGGGCUCUACCCAAGACUGUCCAGCGACAGAAGCUCGAUCUCAGCUCCAUCUUCAUCUUCUCAAGGGCACCUUGCAGCCAUCCAACUAUCAGUGGGAAACUGAGGCAAAGAGAAAUGACCACUUGGGACCAGGAUCCUGGCUCCCUAGACUGGGUCACUGCACCCUUCUUGCAGCCUGGGCUGUCCCAGAGCAGCGGCGAAGAGGAGUGGCCCUGCCCUGGAAGAAUGCGGCUCUGCCGAGGGGGCAGAACCCGACGCAGUCUCCCCACGGUUUGAACAGCCCGAUCCCAGGCUACCCAGCCGCGCCAGUGGCGGACUCUGCACGAGAGCAGCUGGAGGCCCUGAUCGAUCUGCCCACCGGGGCCUUCGGGCCCGGGAUUCGACAUGCGGGAGGAGCCGCGGCCGCGGCCUCCGCCCUCGGGCCUCGCGGGUCUCCUGUUCCUGGCUUUGUGCAGUCGGGCCCUAAGCAAUGAGAUUCUGGGUCUGAAGCUGCCCGGCGAGCCGCCGCUGACCGCCAACACCGUAUGCUUGACGCUGUCGGGCCUGAGCAAACGGCAGUUAGGCCUGUGCCUGCGCAGCCCCGACGUGACGGCGUCCGCGCUUCAGGGCCUGCACAUCGCGGUCCACGAGUGUCAGCACCAGCUGCGUGACCAGCGCUGGAACUGCUCGGCGCUCGAGGGCGGCGGUCGCCUGCCGCACCACAGCGCCAUCCUCAAGCGCGGUUUCCGAGAGAGCGCUUUUUCCUUCUCCAUGCUGGCUGCUGGGGUCAUGCAUGCGGUAGCCACGGCCUGCAGCCUGGGCAAGCUGGUGAGCUGCAGCUGCGGCUGGAAGGGCAGUGGCGAGCAGGAUCGGCUGAGGGCCAAACUGCUGCAGCUGCAGGCACUGUCCCGGGGCAAGAGUUUUCCCCACUCCCUGCCCAGCCCGGGCCCUGGCUCAGGCCCCAGCCCUGGCCCCCAGGACACAUGGGAAUGGGGUGGCUGUAACCAUGACAUGGACUUUGGAGAGAAGUUCUCUCGGGAUUUCUUGGAUUCCAGGGAAGCUCCCCGGGACAUCCAGGCACGAAUGCGAAUCCACAACAACAGGGUGGGGCGUCAGGUGGUGACUGAAAACCUGAAGCGGAAAUGCAAGUGUCAUGGCACAUCAGGCAGCUGCCAGUUCAAGACGUGCUGGAGGUCAGCCCCAGAGUUCCGGGUGGUAGGGGCGGCCUUGAGGGAGCGGCUGGGCCGGGCCAUCUUCAUUGAUACUCACAACCGCAACUCUGGAGCCUUCCAACCCCGCCUUCGUCCCCGUCGCCUCUCAGGAGAACUGGUCUACUUUGAGAAGUCUCCUGACUUCUGCGAGCGAGACCCCACCAUGGGCUCCCCAGGCACGCGGGGCCGGGCCUGCAACAAGACCAGCCGCCUGCUGGAUGGCUGUGGCAGCCUGUGCUGUGGCCGCGGCCACAACGUGCUCCGGCAGACACGAGUUGAGCGCUGUCAUUGCCGCUUCCACUGGUGCUGCUACGUGCUAUGCGAUGAGUGCAAGGUCACAGAAUGGGUCAACGUGUGUAAGUGAGGGUCAGCCUCACUGAGGGGCUGGGGAAGGGGAAGGGCACCCUUGCAGCCUUUUGCUCUGAUUUCUGUCCAGGGUCAAUCUUGGCCCCUGGAAGCUCAAAGUAUCUACCUAGAAACAGCUUUGGGGGUGGUAGGGGUCAGGUGGAGUCUGUGAUGUGUGGCCUUCUCCCCCACAGUAGGAGGGCCUUGAGGGGGAGCUGUCACCCUCUUCUGCUCCUCGAACAUCCGAAUGGACUAAGAUGAGAUGAACUGUAUUGCCCCCCUCUACCCAACCUGGGGUCCCUUUAACUCUCAUUCACACUCCUUUUGGCUGGGGAGUCCCUAUAGUUUGACCACUCUUUUCUCUUGAGGGAUAGCCCUAGGCAUUGUGUGGGGCCAUAAGACCUGUAUCCAGGAGACCACUCACUCCUAUUUGCUUGUUCCCAAACUCCUUUACUGCAGCCUGGGCCCCCUCUUAGCGAGUAAUGGGAGAUGGUUGUACAGAGGUUUUUCUUAGGGAAGGGACAGAGCACAGGGCACUCAAAAACCCUGAAAGUUGUCUGUCUAGGCCCUUAGGGAAGCUGUCUCCCCAAUUCAGAUGUUAAAGGGAACCCUCCAAAGGAAGACUUUUACCUAAGAUUCUCUGAGCCUCUUCUUCUUUCUUCAGCAGUGGGGGUGGGAAUGGAUAAUUUAUUGUACCGAGACUUGUUCUUGGUUCUUGUUUGUAACAAAAAUAAAUUAAGUUACUGGACCAGUGAA